AUGGCCUUACGCGGCAACCUGCUCGUGUUGGUCCUGUUGUUCGCCGCGGCGGCCACCGCGAGCGGUAAGUCGGCGAGGCUUGAUCUUGUCCCUGCCACGCCGGGAGCGCCUUUAGCCUCGCGGGUGAGGGACGACCGGCGCCGGCACUCGUACAUCUCCACCCGUCUCCGGUCGCGCCGGGGCGGAAGCGGAAGCCGGAGGGUUGCCACGGAGGUGGCGGCGCCGUCCGCGGUCUCCUUGCCUAUGUCGUCGGGGGCCUACUCCGGCACAGGGCAGUACUUUGUAAAGCUCCGCGUGGGAACGCCCGCGCAGGAGUUCACGCUGGUCGCGGACACCGGCAGCGACCUCACCUGGGUCAAGUGCGCCGGCUCCUCACCGCCGGGUCACGUGUUCCGGCCAAAGACCUCCAAGUCGUGGGCGCCCAUCCGUGUUCGUCGGACACGUGCAAGUUGGACGUGCCCUUCUCCCUCGCCAACUGCUCCUCGUCGGCCAGCCCUUGCUCCUACGAUUAUCGGUCAUUAUCACCACCAUUACGCGCCAGCAGCGCCAUUGAUGUCGACACCGCCGGCGAGCCUUUGCCGGAGUCGAUGA